AACAUAAAUCCCUAACUCGUCUCUCUCUCUCUAUUACUCUGUCAUCACUCAUCAUAAUAGUUCACCGUAGACUCUCUGAGUCGGUGUCACCUGCUGAGAGCCGCCGCUGCCGCCGUUGAGGCCUCUCCACCACUCUUCUCUCUCUAUCGAGAAAAAGGACUUUCUCUCUCUAGGGCCUGAAGGAGAGGAAUAGGACAAGUCUUUUUCUUUCUUUCGUUCCGAACAACGUUGUAUAAAACGCAGAAAUGGCUGCCAAUUUCGCUUCCAGGUGUUUCCGUGCGGGCCGUUCAUUGUUGGGUGGACUUGGCAACAACUUGUCUGAUUUGGUAAACACAUCACGGGAGGUGACGCCCUGCAAUUGCUUGUCUCAACAGCAGAGGAGUUUUAUACAGAUGAGGACUGUUCUCAAAGUUGUCGACAACUCCGGGGCGAAGAAAGUGAUGUGCAUACAAGCUCUGAAGGGGAAGAAAGGGGCAAGACUGGGGGACACGAUAGUUGCAUCUGUAAAGGAAGCCUAUCCUAAUGGGAAGGUGAAGAAAGGAAAGGUUGUAUAUGGAGUUGUUGUCCGUGCUGCGAUGCAAAGGGGCCGUUGCGAUGGAAGUGAAGUCAAGUUUGACGACAAUGCCGUGGUGCUUGUUGACAAGCAAGGCCAACCAAUCGGGACUCGAGUUUUCGGGCCAGUCCCUCAUGAGCUCAGGAAGAAAAAGCAUGUCAAGAUUCUUAGUUUGGCUGGGCAUAUUGCCUGAACUAGUGAGGCGCAUUGGAAUCUGUUUUCCAGCGGUGUGGUGCUUGAGUUUCGACGCUUGAGUUUUGACGAUGUUCAAAUAGCCUAAAUCUUUGCCUGAAUGAUGCUAUGCUGAAAGUUAUAUGCAAAAACUAAUUCUUCAAGUAUGGUGAUGGAGCUUUCCAAGAUUUUGUUUAAACUAAAAAUAAUCAUAGCGCUUAUUGAGUCCUAUUAGUGUUGGUUCUUCUGAACUUUUUGCAGAUUUUGUGGAUCAUCAUGAAUUUACCUUUCCUUUUUCCUCGGAUAUUAUUCAUGAUUAGCCCGCUAAUCCACCAAGUAGUAUGCUUGGUUAGUGCACAUGCGAUGGCUUACUUUAUUUUCACAGGAAAAAGAUAAAAGGGAAGAGUGUUUCAUAAUUCAUUAUGAGGUUGAUGGCUAAAGAA